AUGGCUACCGAACCUAAAGGGGCUUAUAAUAUAGCACCUAUUUUAACCGGCAAAAAUUAUGGUUGUUGGAAAGCUUCAAAAAAUAUCCUCAUAUCCGCAUUAGGUGUUGAUGAAUAUUAUCGUGUUUCUCAUUGUCAAAUCGCCAAAGCUAUGUGGGCCGCAUUAGAAGUUUCCCAUGAGGGAGCUAAUGAGGUCAAACAAGCUAGGAUCAACACAUUGAACCAAGAGUUUGAACUCUUUCGUAUGAAGCAUGGUGAAACAAUUGUCGAUAUGCAAAAGAGAUUCAAACAUCUUAUUAGUAGAUCGAAUGCUCUAGGUAAUCCUAUCUCCAAUGUUAUUUCUACUAAUAAGGUCUUAAGAUUUCUUAACAGGGAAUGA